CAAUUUUGGUACUUUUACUACGAAGUUGUAAUGACAAAUCCCCAAUGGUGCGAACUCGAGCUUUGAUGCAGGUUGCAAUGUUGCUUAAUGACGAAAAUACACGCUGCAAACUUUUGAAUCUGCCAGAAACUUUCGUGUAUGUUUACGACUGUGACGAUGAGGAUGCUAAGAAACAUCAGGAUGAUGCUCCACUUUUGAAAAUUAUUGCUACUCGUUGUAUGGAUGCAAGAGUAUCAACUCGCAGAGCAGCGAUAGUUGCUCUUGAAUCACUUUUUCCAAAUCUUUCUGAAUCACAACAAACAGAAUUUUUAUCACUUUUCCAGCGGCAUUGUCGAGAUCCCUCGUUAUUGGUAAGGAAACAAACUGCGGAAUCGUUAAGCCGUUUACUUUUAUCCUUGGGUACGGAUAGCAACAUGCUCGAUAAAGUGUGGCUUACAUCAGUUCUGCCGCUAAUUAAUGAUCGUGAACAAUCGGUUGUACAAUUAGCAUCAAGAUUAGUUUUGGAAACAAUUGUUUUGCCAGCUGUAGAAGACACGACACCUUUUGUUUGGCGUAUUCUGGAAGCAGUGGAACAGGAAGUCAAUCACAGACGCUUGUUAUUGCGCUCUUUACUUCAUCAGGCGAAGGAAGGGGAGUUAACGGAACAUGCCGUUGAGAGCUUGCUAAAGAAGUGUAAUGAUUUGAAGAAUGUAAAUAUUGUUUGGAUGCUACUGAACUUUUUAAGCAGUGUAUUCAAGAUUGAUGGAUCUCAUGCGGUCCGUUUUUGGUAUACGCUGAAUGAAAAUGAUGGAAGUAAUUUAGUUGGUUACGUUGCAGAAGUUAUUGCGCGCUGUGCUGACCGCAUAAGUGAAACAAGUCGAAACCAGCUGAUUAAAAAUUUUGGCACAAAGCUAACUGAAUUUAGCGUCAACGAAGGUCACAUCUCUCAUAUUUAUCAUGCAUUUGCCCGUUUAUGUAGAGGUAUUGGCGAUGAUGAUACAGGUGCUAAGCAACUGUUUGAAUUUAAUCGCAUUUUGAUAGAUAAAUCGCUCAAAAUUUUACAUGACAUCAUUUUUCGUUCGAUCGAUAGUUCCAGCGACGCUGCACUUCCCCAAGAAAACGACAAAGCAGCAAAACUUCUUGUACGAAUUAUAAACUCAUUAGGUGAAGCAAUCCAGUACAAUCCGAUUUUAUUAAACAUGAAUCCGAAAGCAUUUGAUAUUAUGCAAUUAAUAAUGGCUUCUGAUGUGAUACAACAGCAGUUGAUUCAGACAGGCACUUUGUGCAAUACGUUACCAGCAAUACCUUCAGUUCGUCCAUCAACCGCUAUCCACUGUUCUGAUAUGCAAGAUUUUGUGAAACAAGAACCGCAGCAAGUUGGUGUUCAACAACAUGCGGAUCGCAAUGUUCGUGAUUAUUACGUUUCUGCGACUGGCUUUUUCCCAAGCUCUAAAUCUUCUAGUCAACCUAAUAAUAAUAUGGAAGUUAGUCAGAAAGCACCUACAUCGACAUAUCAAGACUGUAGAACAUCGCAGCCAACCACUCAUGGAUUAGGUCCUACAUUUCUGGAUCAACAUGCUGUCAACAUGGAAGUGUUGAGUCCGGCCGUAAGAGCACAAGCAGUUUUGGCCAUUGGUAAAAUGUGUCUUCAGGAUGAAAAACUAGCAAAGAAAUGCGUACCCGUGCUCUCACGACAGCUUCUGGUGAACAGCAGUCACUUGGUCCGAAGCAAUAUUGUUGGUGUAAUUUGCGAUCUUUGCAAGAGGUACACGUUGUUAGUUGACCGUCAUAGUGCUAUCGUAGCUUCUUGCCUGAAAGACCCAUCCACGCUGGUGCGGAAACAAACACUUAUGUUGUUGACACAUCUCAUCAAAGAACAGUUUGUGCGUUGGGAAGGGCAGAUUAUGUAUAGAUUUGUGUCAACGAUUUUGGAUAAAAAUAAAGAGGUUCGCGAAUACGCAGAGAUGUGUUUGGUUGAUGUCCUGCUUGUACAAUUUCCGAACAUGUUCGUAAAUCAUUUUUUGGAGUGUGUUUUUUAUUUCAAUUCAGUUACGCACAGUUUAUGGUUGGCGACAAGUAAUGCUAUGGAAGAAGAUAUGGCGGAAAGGCAAGAUUUAAAAUGUUCUCUAUCAGGGUUCCGAUUGAAGAAUGCACGAAUGAGGCUUUACCGAUUUAUGAUAAAAACAUUUAAUGAUGAAAACAAAUUCACGAUUGGAAUGCGUAUUGGUCAGGAAGUGUACUCGGCUAUAGUAGAUGGUGAACUCGACAUUUGCGAUUGUCGUGUUAAAGCUUUGCUUGAGGAUUGCUACGAAAUAAUGUGUUGCUCGGAAAUAAAAUUGUCUAUGGCUUUGGGUAGAAGAUCACCAGGUGAAGCAGAUGAUGAUGAUGAUGAACCACCAUCAAAUGUUCAGGAAGCAGCAAAAAAGGUUGUAACACAAGCGUUUCGCAAGGGUAUCGUCGAUGCCAUUUUGCCUCACGUUAUACAGCUGAAAUAUUACCUGCAGGAGAAACGCUUACCGGAACUGGAAUUCGGAAUCAUAAGAGUUCUGAGGGAACUGUGUAAAGAUCAUCGCGAGCAGUUAGAUGAAUUUUUGGCAAGUGAUAAGCAAUUAAAAGCUGAAAUAAAGUUCGAUCUUGAGAAACUUGAGGAAAAAGAAAGGAGGAUGAAAGUUCCAUGCAACAGUGACGUAAUCCUGAAAGCAUCUCUUUUGCCAAAUAAGAGAGUUUCAUUUGCUACUGAUGGCGUGCCACCUUCACCACGUUUCAAAUCUGGAAUUCUAAAACAAAGAUGUAAAGUGGGAACGAUUACACAGACAGAAAUGCAGAGAAGUGAACAAAAUGACGGAGGCGACGCCCCGCUAGUUGAUUCCAUUGUUAAAAGUGAUCGAAAACUGACGAAAGGACAAACGAAAAUUGAUGAUGAAGGAGGGAAUACUGAAAGUGUUCAGCAACCUUCGAUAAGUGUUAAAGAAAAAUCUACCCCGACUGCGAUUACUGUGGUGGUUAAAAGGCGGAGCCAAAGACUGAGGUUUGAACAGAAAGAUGAAGAAAGCGAGUUACCAGUGCGAGCGAUUUCAACGCCAGAGCACAACAUCGACGAGCUAACAUUUGGUCUGGGCGAUGAAAUGUCUGCAAUUGAAAGUACGCCAGCGAGAAAAAGGUCAAAGCGACAAGCUCGACAACCCUGUGUGCCACCAAUUGAAGAAGAUAACGAGAAUGAAUGAUCUCUUUUUUAGAUUCGAUAAUAAAAGCAUUAGCUACAGUAGGAUCUCUUUCCUAGAUCCUUUAAUAAUCACUCAACAAUAAGGUUCAGAUCAUUCGAUUAUCCGCGUAAUACUGCUAUAUAUUUAUGGUGAUCUCGAGUUAAUAUUCUUCGUUAUCUCUUAAAGCAAUUUUUGUGAAGCAGUUGUCCCAUAAAACUCAUUAUUUUUUCUCCAGAAAGUAUUAGC